AGAAGAGACCAUAUUUGCUCACAGGGGAAGCCAGUGCUUCUUGGGAUCCAGCUACAGCCAUAGUGACGCCUGCCCGACAAGUGUGUUCCUGAGCGUAGUUGGGAUUCAGAAGAGCCAAGGACACCUCAGAGCUUUGGAUCUUGUUUUUUUUUUUCUCUCUCUGUUCAUGGCUGCUGCAGCUCUCCCCGGCUUGUGAGCUUCUCCCUGAACAGCAGCCAUGGCCUUGAAGAAUGUGCCCUUUCGCUCAGAGGUCUUAGCCUGGAACCCGGACAGUCUAGCUGAUUAUUUCAGGAAGCUGAACUACAGGGACUGUGAGAAGGCCGUGAAGAAGUACCACAUUGACGGCGCCCGGUUUUUGAACCUGACAGAAAAUGACAUCCAGAAGUUCCCUAAGCUGAGGAUGCCGAUUCUCACCAAGUUAAGUCAAGAUAUCAACAAGAAUGAAGAGAGAAGGAGCAUUUUUACACGCAAACCCCAGGUUCCACGAUUUCAAGAGGAGACAGAAAGUCACGAAGAAGACAAUGGGGGCUGGUCAUCCUUUGAAGAAGAUGAUUAUGAAAGUCCCAACGAUGAUGAUCCGGAAGGAGAGGACGACGGGGACUAUGAGUCCCCCAAUGAGGAGGAAGAGGUGCUGGUGGAUGAUGCUGCUGAUUACGAGCCGCCGCCCUCCAAUGAUGAGGAGGCUCUGCAGAACUCCAUCCUGCCCGCCAAGCCUUUCCCCAACACCAACUCCAUGUACAUCGACCGGCCUCCCACCAGCAAGGUCUCUCAGCAGCCUCCGGUGCCCCCGCAGAGACCAAUGGCCGCCCUCCCUCCGCUGCCAACAGGCCGGAAUCACUCGCCACUAUCACCAUCCCAUCCCAACCAUGAAGAACCCAGCAGAAGUCGAAACCACAAACCAGCGAAGUUGCCUGCUCCAUCAAUAGACAGAAGCACGAAACCUCCCCUCGACCGCUCACUGGCGCCUCUUGACCGAGAGCCCUUCACGCUAGGAAAGAAACCAACAUUUUCUGACAAGCCCUCAGCUCCCGUGGGAAGCAGGACUCUCGGGGAGCAUAUACCCAAGAUACAAAAGCCUCCUCUGCCACCAGCCAUGGACAGACACGAAAGGAGUGAAAGAAGUGCACCCCUGAUAGCGAAGAAGCCACUGGUUCCCAAGCAUGGACGGGGACCAGACAGAAGGGAGAAUGAUGAAGAUGAUGUGCAUCAAAGACCUUUGCCCCAGCCAUCACUACCUCCUAUGAGCUCCAACACAUUCCCUUCGAGAUCUGCCAAGCCCAACCCCAAGCACACAUUCCCAUUGUCUCACAUGCCGGGGGCCUUCUCAGAAAGUGGCGUUGGCUUCCAGCAGAGUGCCUCCCUGCCACCGUGCUUUACUCAAGGUCCCAGCAACAGACCACCUCUCAGAAAUGAAGGCAGAAACUUACCCUUGCCAGUUCCAAACAGGCCACAACCCCCAUCUCCUGAGGAAGAGGAGACUCCAUUAGAUGAAGAGUGGUAUGUCUCUUAUAUUACCCGGGCAGAGGCAGAAGCUGCUCUCAGGAAGAUAAACCAGGAUGGUACUUUUCUGGUAAGAGAUAGUUCUAAGAAAACAGUAAACAAUCCAUACGUCCUCAUGGUGUUGUACAAAGACAAAGUUUACAACAUUCAGAUCCGUUACCAGGAAGACAGUCAAGUGUACUUGUUGGGAACUGGACUUCGAGGAAAAGAGGACUUUCUGUCUGUAUCAGAUAUUAUUGACUACUUCAGGAAAAUGCCACUGUUGCUCAUUGAUGGGAAAAACAGAGGCUCCAGAUACCAGUGCACACUGACGUACGCUGCAGGGUAUCCAUAACAAGUCAGCCCAGCAGGUCAGCCUUCGUGACUCUGUCCUCAAUGCGGGAAGAUCAAGCGACCUUAGGAAAUGGUUGAACACUUAGGACCAAAGCAAGUCUCUCAUUGUGGGCACAGUGUUUGCCCUUCCUUUAAAAAGUGUUUGAAGGUUACGGAAUAUCCCAUAAUUUAUUUAUUUUCUUCCAUGUCUGAGAAGUGUAGAAGUAAUCACGUCCACAUAUGAAGUCUAAGAGUGGGUUUGUAUACUUCAUCUCAAGACCUGAGAUUCUGAACAAUCCAUCCCAAAAUACUGUACUUUCCAUACUACAGAAAUAAUGUGGGGCAAGUUUAAGAAGUACUGAAAUGGAUCAUUUUCGAUAUCACACAUUUUAUAAUAGAAACUUUAUCAUUCUGAGGCAAUUUGUUUUUUACACAACUUAAAACAAAAUUAAUUUUCAGAGCAGCAAUAACUUAAGAGGCUUCAAAAACAUAAUUCCAUUCUUAUAUGGUUUUGCAGGGAGUACUUUUAUGUAUUUUUCAUAUUUGAGAUAAAUGCAUGUUGGGAUAACCUCCUGGGAUUAAAGUUAUCUUUUGCUUUACUCUUUUAGAUCCUUAAAACAACUUUAUUGUUUAGUCCAUGCUGUUAUAUUUUGGUUUUAAAGUAAAUGUAAGCUACAAAUCCUCUAGGAAAGAAACAGUUUUAGAUUCAGUGAUCCAAUUUUGCUGUCAAAUACACUGGGGUUUAUGAUUCUUCUUUAAUCCCCCAUAUCUAUAUCCCCUCCAUGCCCAUCUUGAAAAGUAUUUUCUAGUACUGAAGGUCUCCUGGGAAGAUGGAGCGAUGCUUUGCACACACGAACACAUAGGUGCACACACACACUCCAGCCCACCUCCUACUAGAUACUCCUUUUAUUGGGUGGCUUUCAUUUAGAAAGCUUGUCAUUUGCUCAGUAUGGUCACUUGUUCUGUGGGCCUGCGGUGCACACAGGACACUCAAGUGAGAAUGUAUGGAAGACAUCCAUGCAGCUCAUGACUGGGAGGCAAAAGGAAAGGAAGGCCCGGUAAUUUCCCUUAAGGAAUGCACCUACUGACCUAACGCCAUCCCACUGCGCUCGCCCUCCUGUGCUCAAUCCCAUCACUACCCAUUGUUGCCCUGGUGGGUGGAUCAAGCCUCUAACACAAGGGCCUUUGAAAAUUAGCCAUCCAAACCUCAGCUGUGCUUUUCUGCCCUCAAAACAAGAAGUGUGCUGUGACUCCCGUCUCAUCCUUCUCAGAUUGGAUUAUAAACCUUUCAAAGCAUCUCUUCUUCAGUUUAUAAAUCACACUUAGUGAGACAGACAGUUGCGUUUCUGGUUUCUGUUGCCUAAUCAUUUGUGACAGUGUGAUGGUGUGGUGUGGGAGUGAUGCCUGUUAAGACAAACUGUACGUCAAUGUGAAUUUUGGUUGCCCUAGGCUAGCAACAGGUGAUAUGAAAGUCUUAGUCAGUCAUGUGACCACCAGGGUACCCAACAGUAUUUUACAGUAUUAUAUGUUGCAAGUAGUUUCUUUUUUCUUUUUUUGGAGUGGUGGGGAGCUUGUGAAAAUUCAAUAAAUUAAAAAAAUGUAUUCAGUA